CUAGCUACUAUACAAUCCUAUACAAUCCUACUUGCAUGAUCAGGCAUUCGUCCCAUUACCAGUGACUCUACCAUUGCGACCAACCUGCGAACAUGUGUGGUUCAGACAUCUUUCUAGCGAUCCUCGCCAUUUUCUUCCCUCCGAUUGCGGUGUGGAUCAAAGUAGGCCUCUGUACGGCUGACUCGGUCAUCAACCUUGCUCUCUGCUGUCUCGCCUAUAUCCCGGGCCUCCUGCACGCCUGGUAUAUCAUUCUCAAGUAUCCCGAGCCAGACUAUGAUGACCCCAGCUAUGCGCCCCUCCCCGAGAAUCACAGAGGCGACGUCGAGAACGGUCGCGUCACAUAUUACUAUGUCUCCCAUCAACCCAUCCAGCACCCAUCCCAACGGGGCUAUGGGACCCUGCCUCCGCAACAACCCUACGCGGCGAACGCUCAGCCUCACCAGCAACAUCCUGCACCUCACCAACAGCACGAACAUGCUUCUGGAGGCGACGGCGGCGGCGGUAGCAGCAGCCGGGAUCACGCCGAUGCGCGGCCACCUCCCACAUACGCCGAAGCAGUGAAGGGAGACCACAAAGUACAAGACCAUCAAACAGGCCAAGCCUGAAUGAGACCAGGACAAACGCAGUUGCCUCGCAACUUGCUGUCUGUUGUCUCGAAAUACUGCUGCUGCUAGGGAAAGGCCAGUA